CACAUGCACGCACAAACGUACGCAAUCACGCUCUCUGGGCUCCUAUAGUGACGUAUGCACUGGCGCCCGGUUAGCUAACUUCUAAGCUAACUGUUAGUUAACUACUUGUUGUAGUUAACAGCGUACACUGGAGUCGUUUAGCGUUAGCUAACUAGCUAGUGACUAACGUUUUCUGCCCUGGUGACUGUCGGCAUCGGCCAUGGACGACGAAAGCCACCCCAAAACCCUGUAUGUGGGAAACCUCUCCAAGGAUGUAACAGAAAUUUUGAUUCUGCAGCUCUUCACCCAGAUAGGGCCUUGUAGAAGCUGUAAAAUGAUCACAGAGCAUACAAGCAAUGACCCCUAUUGCUUUGUGGAGUUCUUUGAACACAGAGAUGCUGCUGCAGCCCUUGCAGCCAUGAACGGGAGGAAGAUAUUAGGAAAGGAGGUCAAAGUAAAUUGGGCCACCACUCCAAGUAGCCUGAAGAAAGACACAUCCAAUCACUUCCAUGUUUUUGUGGGUGAUUUGAGCCCUGAGAUUACUACUGAGGAUGUCAAGGCUGCAUUUGCACCUUUUGGGAAAAUCUCGGAUGCCCGUGUUGUGAAGGACAUGACGACAGGCAAAUCAAAGGGGUAUGGAUUUGUGUCCUUCUACAACAAACUGGAUGCAGAGAAUGCCAUUGUUAACAUGGGGGGACAGUGGCUUGGAGGACGCCAAAUCAGGACUAACUGGGCAACGCGUAAACCACCAGCUCCAAAGAGUGCCCAGGACAAUGGCUCAAAGCAGCUGAGGUUUGAUGACGUGGUGACUCAGUCCAGUCCACAGAACUGUACCGUGUACUGUGGAGGGAUCCAGUUAGGACUAUCAGAACAUCUAAUGCGACAGACCUUCUCACCGUUCGGUCAAAUAAUGGAAAUCAGAGUUUUCCCUGAGAAAGGAUACUCCUUCAUCAGGUUUUCCUCCCAUGACAGUGCUGCCCAUGCCAUUGUUUCAGUAAAUGGCACAGCCAUUGAAGGUCACAUAGUGAAGUGCUUCUGGGGCAAAGAAUCUCCUGACAUGGCAAAAAAUCCACAGCAGGUUGAGUACAGUCAGUGGGGGCAGUGGAACCAACUGUAUGGGAAUCCGCAGCAGCAGUAUGGGCAGUAUGUGACCAAUGGGUGGCAAGUUCCCUCCUACAGCAUGUACGGCCAGACGUGGAAUCAGCAAGGAUUUGGAGUAGAGCAGUCCCAGUCACCGGCCUGGAUGGGAGGCUUUGGAUCUCCGUCAGCCCAGGCUGCAGCCCCACCUGGUCAGGUCAUGUCCAAUUUGGCCAACUGCAGCAUGGCUGGCUACCAAACGCAGUGAGCUGGCCCUAACCUAAGUGUAAUACCAAGGGGAUUUAGUCAACUCUUUGAGACCACACAGCACUCUUCUUGACAGCUGCUGUGGUGGAGGAAGGACGGGGCCAUAUUCACAAAGCCUUUGUAGCUAAUAGUUGCUCCUAAAUAACCAGUGUAACAAUUAUGUUUUAAUGACAGUGUCCAUUUGACUCAAAACUUUUAAAAAGUUUAUUUGAUGAUAAUUCAUAGUUCUGUUAUGGAAAAGUGCUCUUGGGCCUCUGAAGCAAAGCCAAACCAACUGUCUUUGUCUAAGUAGAUGUUAAAGGAAAUGCCAACCCUUUGAAUGUUUGGCCCUAUGAAAACCUUACCCAGAAUGUGACAAAGAGGAUUUGCAGCGUUAGCAUGCUUACUGGACAGCUAUCUUAACAGAGAUGGAAACCAUUUGAUCUUUCCUCUUAUCACACAUUAAGUAAGUAGACCAAUGUGCCAAACCAUUAAAAAGUUAGUGUAGUCCUAAACUAAUUGUUACCCUCUCAAAUUCAAAAUUUAAGCAAAAAUGUAUCUGAAAAUUCUGAAAUGUACACAUAGAAAUACAACAGCUAAGUUAUUAGUUAAAUUAGUUAGUUAGUGUAGUGGAGCUAAAGCACACUUACUAUAAUCAAUCAUGUUACUCCAGCAGCUCACUGGAACAUGACAAGGAAUCAUUGGAAACCUCAAACUUUAUGACGUUAAUAUUGAAUUUUCAAACUGUAGCAAUGUCUGCUCUUUUUGCCAAUGUGUUUUUUAAAUAUUUCAGUAAAAAAAUAGUUUGUGACAGACUUGUUAAAAUGUUUAUUUACUUGUCAUACUAGAGUCAUUUAUCUGUCAUUUUAUGCAACAGAAGACAAAACUCCACUCAAGUCUUCAUGCAUUGAUUAAGGUCAUUUCUGUCAUAUAGGUCAGUUUUUAAAACGACACACAGUGAUGACAGUCGGUCACCAUGAAUUUGUGCUACAAACUGCACUGAGCCACAAGAAUAAACCAAACUGCUAAGAGUUGGUCUCGGCUUAGCUUCAGCUCAUAGCUAGAAAUUCAGUGCUAUUUUGAUAUAUGAAUGAAAAAUGCUUUGUGAAUAGAGGCCCCGGAACAGUAGUUACCUUUCCAGUAUAUGUAAAGAAACUAUUUGUAUAAACAACUGUGGCUUUAAAUGAGAUUUAAGCGGAACGUGGUAUCUCUUGGGUAAAUAUUGUGUACAAAGAGAAUUUCACCUACACAGCUGUAAAAGCAAAAAAAAAUUGUUUUUUCAUGUUUUGUAUUGAAGUGAUCAGCAUGUUCUUUGCAGACUUUUGAUGGACUUUAGUUUACACCUUCAUGUAACCUAGAUUGGACUAAUAUAUAAUCCUGUGUCUCAAAGGAAAGACUAUAGCACAUGCUCACUAUUUAAAGAAAAUACUGUAAAAACAGCUUAACCCCCGAACUUUGUAAAGGUAACUGACUCUGUGUGCUGACUCUGGGGGUGGUUUCCUAUAAAAAAUAUUGAAUCUUAAGUAUUUUCUUCCUCCUUCCUUCCUCUUAAUAACCUUAGUUAAUUUAUAGUCAUUUCUUUCUAAUGUUUGUGAGUGUUUGCGAAGAACCUUAGACAUAAUUUAGCACCAAAACCAGCCCCUAAUCAUAUUGCAUCAUGUUUUACAUCUUUCAAAAUGCUGUACUUUAGUCACCCACUUGUGCAAAGACAAAUUGUCUAAAGUUUUAGGCUUACUAUAAAUUGGGAUUGUUUUAUUUUAUUUUUGUUCCAUUGAAAGUGGAAGGUUUCCUAAAUAUGCUAUUGAUUUGUCAGGGCACCGGGCACAUUUUCUGCCCCUUAGUGUAUUCAGAAUUUUCUCAGUAUUUGCACAAUAUUAUCAUAUAUUGCAGGUAACUAUUUAAAAAAUCACUGGCAAAUUGUGACAAGAGGAUUUCACAAUGAUGUCCUGCCAUUUGGAUUUUAUUUGCAUAUGUGCCAUUCUGUACAGUGUAUUACACUCCUUGUAAGCUCACUCUCCUUUUCCUGUUGUACUAGCCAACAAACUAAUAAUAUUUUUGUUUGUUUGUUUAUUAGAGUCGGGGGGUGUUCGUGUAACUAAACAGGGUCAUGUUGGCUGAGAGUGUAAAUAGAAACCUUGAUCACAAACCUUCAUGAAACUGAAUAAAUAAUGUACAUACUCUAGGUAGAAUGUUAUAAAAUGAAAUGCCAUCAUUACAUUUCAGUAAUAUAAUUUAUGAAUAAGCCUUAAUUGAUGUUUUAGUAAAUUCAAACUUUGUGUUAUUUGCAGAGGCUCCAUUACAAAUCUAAAUUCUUUUCCAAUGUGGAUUUUCCCAUUUUUAAGUUUGUGUGCCAUUUUCAGAAAGUUGCAGGAAGCAGGUGAUGUUUCAGCUUGAACUGCACGCUUAUGACAUGUAAUAUAUUUGUUGCCUAAAAUACUGAAUGUAAUGGAAAUUUGCUUUUGACAGUAAUACAUCUAAGUUGAACUACAGAAGUGAUUUGUAAUAAUAAAGGAUGAAAUCAAUUUUCCAUAUAAACGGAAAAAGUCACUUCUAAUAAAGAAACAUUCGAACCUG